ACAAGUCAUGGACACUAACCUAGUAGUAUUUUCCAAGUAAUUAACUGGAAUUGGGAAAGUUGGGAAUCAUCACAACUUGCAUGCAUGCACAGACCAAACCACCAGUCCAACUUUCCAUGUUCCAAGUCAACAUUUUCUAUCUUCAUUUAUUUUUUUUAUAAUAAAAACACACUCUAUCCACUUCCCAAAAUACAACAAUCCCAUCUCUUUUUCUUUCUCCACAUUCAAAUCUUUCUAGUAUAUAUCUUGAUCUUCACAUAGUCUCCAUCCAAAAAAAAAAAAAAACAUUAAACUAUAGAAUAUAAUACCAAAUAUAUAGAAUUAUGAGAAAGCCUUGUGAUAACAAAGAGGAAAUGCAUAAAGGAGCUUGGUCUAAACAAGAAGACCAAAAACUCAUUGAUUAUAUCACUAAACAUGGUGAAGGUUGUUGGAGAAAUUUACCUAAAGCUGCUGGUCUGCUUCGUUGUGGCAAAAGUUGCAGACUAAGAUGGAUGAAUUAUCUUAAUCCAAAUCUAAAAAGAGGAAAUUUUUCUGAGGAAGAAGAUGAUCUCAUCAUCAAGCUUCAUGCUCUCCUUGGCAACAGGUGGUCCUUAAUAUCAGGAAGAUUGCAGGAAAGAACUGAUAAUGAAGUGAAGAACUAUUGGAAUUCCCAUUUGAGAAGAAAACUUAUAAAAAUGGGAAUUGAUCCAAAAAAUAAUACGAUUUCUCAAUAUCUUCAUAUAAAAAGACUUGAAUUUCUCCAAGAAAAUAGCACAAGAUCAGAAAAUUAUGGAGUAAUAUCUGAUGCUGCAAGUUCUUGUGCUAAUAAUGAUCAACAAAUUACAAGUUCAUUACCAGAUCUCAAUUCACUUCCAUAGAUUAUAUCGACCACGUUCUUGAUUAUCUCCUCCGGGAGUUAAUUAGCUGACUAAUAAUGUGUACUAUGAUUGAUUUGGACAUCACCAUUAUGAAAAAUAAAAUAAAUUAAUGUUCACCAUGGUUGAGAAUAUGAACUCAAUAUUAAAUUUUUAUAAACUUUUUAGAGAAAAGUACAUGUAUGUUUUGGUCUAUACUUUUGUUAUUGUCACAUUUACUUAUCAAUUUUAAGUAUAGCCCUUAUCUUUUUAUAUUGUUCCUAGAGUCGAAUUCAUGAUCUGAACAUUAUUUUGGUCUCAAAUUUGGAAUGUUGUUAUAAGUGAAAUAUUUAUUGGAUUCAAAAUCUGUUAUUUGCAUUAA